AUGACAGUCCCGGGCAACACAGAGCGACAGAGCGGCAACCCCCGCGCGGCAGCCAAAGAUCAUCAUGUCAGCCGUACAGCAGGCGGACAGGACCGCAAAGAUGGCAAAGCGGGCGAGGUAGCAUGGGGCGAGGGUGAUCAUGCGAUCGAUGAAGAGGCUGCUGGGAUAGCAGAUGCGCAAGAGGAGAUCCAAGCAGCCGGACUGGGAUCGGAUGCACCCAAGGAGGGGGAGGCGUACGAACAAGAAGGAGGGUUGAAGGAUGAGCUCAUCGAGCGUGAAUCGGAUGCAUUGACACGACAGAACCCUGCAGAUACGCUCUCGCUAGGCGACAUUGCAAAGUCGUCCUCUGCCGCUUCUGCGCCAAAGGGUUCCAGUGUGGCAAGUUCGGGCGCCAAGAACGAAAGCGCCAGCAAUGCAGCCACGCUCAGAGGCAAUCACAUCAAUGCAGACGGUGUCAGCGAGAUCGACAUUGCCGGCGCACCCUCUAGCUCAACAUAG